GUAUUUGGCAGUAUAUCCAGGAAGCACGAGACUCCGUCUGUGACCUGGAGAGCCGACUCCAGAGAACCAGGGACAAUGUAGAGGAGAUCCAAAGCUGCAUGAGCUCCUGGGCCACCCAUAUGUUCGACAGGAAGGAGGGCAAAAAAGAUGCACUGCUCAGUCUGGAGGACAGGGCUGAGAGGGUGGAAAGGUUUUACGGUCUUAUCCAGUCCUCAGGAGAAAAGUUUCACCUCCUACUUAAGAGCAAUUUGGAGCUGUUCAGAGCUGAGCCGUCUUCUGAGGAGUGGAAGGCUUAUGUGGAGUACAUCGACGUCAAGAUUAUAGACGGAUUCUCCAACAGUAUCAAAACCUCUCUCAUGUUCUUCCUGGAUAACACAGACCAGAGAACUGGUGUGCGCCCUCUUUUUGAGGCUCAGCUGAGCCUGAAGGUUCCUGACAUGGCGUUCUCUCCCUCUCUGGAGUCUGGAGCUGGGGACGGUCUCUUUGAGUUGGUGGAAAGCCUCAUCAAUGAUGUGUUCAGAAUUUCCUCACUGGUGCCACGGCUUGCCCAGCACAGCCCCUCCCCCCACUACCAGGCUGACAUGGAGGACAUGGCUGACCUGGCUGACAUGCGCCAAGUCCUCAUGAAACGUGUGCAGAGCGUCAUGGUAACUUGCUGCGAKUUUCRGAASUCUCUGGAGCGCUACAGCUUCCUGUACGUGGAUGAUAGAAAGGAGUUUAUGCGUCAGUUCCUCCUAUACGGCCACAUUCUCACCAGCCAAGAGAUGGAGGUUAAUGCUGAUGAUGGAGUCCCAGAGACCCCACCGGCACUGGAUGACUUCAGGGAGGAGAUAAACAAGUAUGAGCAGAUCUACGAAGAGGUGCAGGGUAUGGAGGCAGUGUGCGUGUUCCACGGGUGGAUGAAUGUGGAUGGCCGCAGCAUGAAGAGCGCCUUGCUCAACGUCAUCAAAAAGUGGAGCUUCAUGUUCAAACAGCACCUAAUUGACCAUGUAACCAACAGCCUKWCAGACYUGGAAAAGUUURUCAGUGUGACUAAGGCUGGCCUGGGCMAASRGGUGRAKGAKGGUGACUACRAUGGCCUGGUGGGCGUCAUGGGUCACCUGUUGGCUGUAAAGGAAAGACAAARCACCACAGACGCCAUGUUUGWGCCCCUGCAACAAACCAUCACUCUGCUGAMGGUGUAUGAGCAGGAGCUGCCUGAUGAGGUCUACAAACAGUUAGAG